AUGCUAGAUUAUGUAAGAAAGGGUCAUGUGGAAAUCGCCGAGCCUAUACAAAACUCUAAGGAGAGUUAUUAUCCGCCACACCAUCUGGUGAAGAAGGAAAGGCGUGGGAAUAGCAAGUGGAGGAUCGUGUUUGAUGGGUCCUCGCGUGAACAAUACGUGCCCUCACUCAAUGACGCUCUGGAGAUGGGACCAAACCUUCUUCCAGAAACUUUAUCCAUUCUUCUGAGAUUCAGACUAUACCCGUCAGCGAUUAUUGGCGAUGUCAGCCAGGCAUUUUUACAGCUUAUCCUAGAUCAUGAUGACAGGGACUUAACGAGAUUCCUUUGGUACCGAGUGGUUGGCGACGAUGAACACGGUUACGAAACUACAAGCGACAUAACAACUUACCGUUUCAAAAGGCUUCCUUUUGGCCUGACUUGCAGUCCUUUUCUGCUUGCCGCUACUCUGCGAGAGCUUGCUGAUCGUUACAAGCAGACGUUUCCCCAUGCUGCAUCCCUUAUGGUCAACAGCACAUAUGUCGACGACUUCGCCGCAGGGGCAGAAAACGAAGUUGAGGUAAUCGCACUGUACUAUGAGCUUACUUCCCUUAUGAGACAAAUUCCACUCCCUAUGGCAAAAUGGGCCUCAAUUUCCACGCAUUUGAAGACAGUUUGGACUGCUGAGGGACAGAGAUUCGACGCAGAAACCCAAGUAUUGGGCAUCGAUUGGAAUACAGAAACCGAUACAUUCUCCAUCGAUCAUGAGGUCAUUACAAACAAGGUAGCAAAGGGACCCACCACAAAAAGGAACGUGCUGAAAGCCGCGGCCACACUUUAUGAUCCCCUUGGCCUAGCAUCGCCUGUUUCCAUCAUUGGGAAAAGAUUAUUCCAGGAUACAUGGUGUCGAGGGAUGGGCUGGGAUGAACUCCUACCACAAGACUUUGGACUACAGUGGCACACGUGGGUAGCGACACUACCAUCCUUAUCAAGCAUACAUAUUCCCCGUUGUGUGCACACUUCGGAAGAUGGUGAUUCUCACACCUAUGUCUUUUGCGAUGCCUCCGAACGGGCAUAUGGUGCGGCACUAUACAUCAGAACGGAGGGUAAGGACCGGGUCAGGGUCCAGCUGGUCUGCAGCAAAAACAGACUUGUGCCUGUAAAGAAGGUGACCUUACCACGACUGGAGCUCCUCGCAGCACUGAUAAGUGCCAGGCUGCUACGCUGUUACUGUCGGGAGACGGGGUUCCACAGUCAAGCAGCAACUCUUUGGACUGACUCCAUGGUGACCUUAGGCUGGAUAUGUGAAGACCCAAACCGCUGGAGAACCUUCGUAUGCAACGGGGUUACAGAAAUACAAACGUGCCCUACGCCUUCGCAAUGGAGACACUGCCCUGGAGAAAGCAAUCCAGCGGAUCAUCUUUCGAGGGGCAUCACAGCAGAUCGACUGAAGUCUUUGGAUAAAUGGCGGCAUGGACCUUCAUGGCUAUCUCUCCCUCCGCGAGAAUGGCCCAAGAACCUUCCCACUUCAAGCAGCCCGCUGCCAGACGAAAAACGCCCGUGGACCCAACCAGUUCUUCUUUUGGGAGUUCAUUCUUCAUUGAUAGAUGCUACCAGAUUCAGUUCCUACUGGAAGUUGAUACGCACGACCGCUUGGAUCUUUCGUUUCAAACAGUCACUACUCCGUCGAGAGAGAUUUCGAGGCGAACUGACUGCGGCGGAACUCGCGGCGGCUCGUGCCUACUGGAUUCAGACUGUACAAGAGGAAUGCUUCGCUGUCGAGCUUUAUGCACUUCGGAACAACACACCACUACCGGAAGAAUCCAAAAUCGCUUGUUUCAACCCAUUCUUAGACUCUGGACUCAUUCGUCUCGGCGGACGGCUACACUUUGCACCGCUAACGAGAGAGCAGCGUCACCCACUCCUACUGGAUGGGCAGCAUCACUUCACGAAAUUGCUAAUACAGCAGACACACAUUCGCCUACAUCAUCUCGGACUUCGCAUGGUGUUGUCAGAGUUGAGAGAUGAAUUUUGGAUCCUGAGAGCCCGACAGACGAUAAAAAAGGCUCUACGCCACUGCCUGCCCUGUAAAAUUGCGAAAAACACCCGAGGCCAAGAAAGUGAAGGACCACUGCCAGCCGAUCGUCUCAAACCCACUAAGCCCUUCACCGUCACCGGUGUUGAUUUCGCAGGUCCCCUCUAUCUCAAGGUGGGGAGCCUGACACAGAAAGCUUACAUCGUACUCUUCACCUGCGCAACAACCAGAGAUCUGCAUCUUGAGCUUGCCUCAGAUAUGAGUACCGACAAGUUUCUAAUGGCCUUUAGACGGUUCUCCGGCAGAAGAGGAAUCCCACACACCAUAUAG